AUGUCAAACUCCAUGUUCAAUGCCAACAAUACCUCGGACAUUGAGGCCGACAGCGAGGGACGGAAUUUAACUCCUCUUCCGUAUGGCUGGCGCUUGCUCCAGCUUAACAAUUCCUCUUAUGCCGAUGUCAUGAGCAGCCCGCUGAUGUAUCGUGCACACUCAACUCUGGCUCCGUUCCCGGAUGUCAUACCUACGCUCGCGCCCACGCCCGACUACCUGUCUACCGGAGCCCCAAGACUGGCGGUACUAUGGGUGAGAUGCUGCGGAUGCAACAAUUUGGUCAAUCCUGAUCUAGCGCCGGAGUACAGGUGUCCGAUUUGCUCGCAUACUGAGUGCAGUUCCUGCGGCAAAGAGAAUGUUCCCUAG